AUGCGCCACUUCCCCAGUCCCUUCCCUGCGUAUUCCUCUCCGCCUCCCUCUCCCUCGUCCACCAACAACAACAUGGGAGGUCCAAAUCUCGAGCUCUUCAAGUUCGCCGUCUACGUCUUCUUCCCUGUUGCCAUCAUGUUCCACUACGGCAACCCAGACUGGUAUGAGAAAAACGUCGCUCCGCUCAAGGACCAAUUUUGGCCGAGGGAGGAUACCUUGAAUAGACCGCCGCACGACAACAUCACCCUUCAAGCCGAGCUGGCGAGGUUCAAGGCGGAAAGAGAGGCAAGGAGGGAACGACGGCAGGCGGCUGAGGCUGAGGCGGCCUCAGCAUCUCAAGGGGAGCCACACCGUCUGGUCUAA